AAUAGGAGCUGUGCUCGUUUACACCCUUGAGCCGAAACGCAACGGGUUAUCCCCGAUCUUCAUUCCCUUUCGUUGAAGCUCCGGCCCUGACCUGAAAAAUCGCAGCUUUGGCCAAUGACUAACGAGAUCCAGCUCCAAUCCUCCCCCACCUCCAGAGCUUCCGCCACCGCCAUGCAGGAAAACCUCCACGAUUCAAUCCUCCCUAAACAGAGCACCGAAACCAACAAGCCCCACAAAGCUUCCAACAAACUCGCUUUACUCCCACUAGUCUUCCUCAUUUACUUCGAAGUCUCCGGCGGCCCUUACGGCUCCGAACAAACAGUCCAAGGCGGCGGCCCCCUCCUUGCUAUCCUCGGAUUCCUCCUCUUCCCGUUCGUUUGGAGCAUUCCAGAAGCCCUAAUCACUGCCGAACUCGCUACCGCUCUUCCCGGAAACGGUGGUUUCGUUCUCUGGGCCGACCGAGCAUUCGGAUCCUUUGCCGGCUCUCUUAUGGGCUCAUGGAAAUUCCUCUCCGGCGCCAUCAACUCUGCUGCUUACCCCGCCCUCUGCGCUGACUACAUAGCUCGCGCCGUCCCCUCCAUCUCCUCCGGAGCACCUCUUACGGCCACAACCGUUCUCCUCUCAUUUCUCAAUUACACGGGACUCUCUGUUGUUGGGUAUACAGCCAUGGCACUCUGUGCUGUUUCGCUUCUCCCCUUUUUUGUCAUGGCGGCGGCGGCGUUGCCGAAACUCAGGCCGCGGAGAUGGGGGAAGAUAGCAAAAGAUAAGGAUUGGAAGCUGUUUUUUAACACGCUGUUUUGGAAUCUGAAUUUUUGGGAUAAUGCGAGCACGCUGGCUGGUGAGGUGGAUGAGCCGCAGAGGACAUUCCCGAGGGCACUUCUGGCGGCUGGGUUGCUAACUUCGGUGGCUUAUCUCAUGCCGCUGCUCGCCGGAACAGGGGCGCUUGAUGUAGCAUACUCGGAAUGGGACAGUGGGUUUUACGCCGACGUUGCAGGCAUGAUUGUUGGACGCUGGCUCAAAUACUGGAUAGAGGCUGGCGCAGUCUUAUCGGCCAUUGGUUUAUAUGAGGCUCAGCUCAGUAGCUCAGCUUUCCAACUCCUCGGGAUGGCCGAUCUCGGUUUCCUCCCAAAAUUCUUUGCCCUUCGAUCCAAAUGGUUCAACACCCCCUGGGUUGGCAUUGUCACCUCAAGCCUCAUAUCCCUCGGCAUCUCCUUCCUUUCCUUGGAAGACAUCAUCUCCUCUGCCAACUUCCUUUAUAGCCUCGGCAUGCUUCUCGAGAUAGCCUCCUUCCUUUGGCUGAGAAGGAAGGAACCCAGACUAAAGAGGCCAUUUCAUGUGCCGCUUCAAAUGCCGGGACUCAUUUUCAUGUGCUUUCUUCCUUCAGCAUUCCUCAUCUUUGUGAUGGUACUUGCAAGCUGGAAGGUGUUUCUGAUCGGUGGUGGCUUGACAUUAUUUGGUUCUGCAUUGUACUUUUUCAUGGAAUUUUGUAAGUCCAGAGGAUUUUUGAAGUUUGCCACUAUAGGGGAGAAGGUUGGAGAACUGGAAGAGGAAGAGGGGAGCUUAAAUGAGGGAUGAAUUUACAUUCUUUGUAUGGCGAAAGAAGCAUCGAUUGAUCAA